GUUUGAUUCACUUGGUUUUUAGUAUUCAUCUUCCUGCAUUUCUUUGACAGAGACUAAGAAUGCACCAAAACAAGUAUCCCAGUUUUGGAAGAGUUGUGCAUGGAAAGAUGACAUAUUUUCUUCUAGUUGACAUAAUCUACUGCAUCCGCACUCUCUUAAUAUGUGAAAUAUGGGAAUGCAAAACCCCAGGAAUACUCAACAAUAAAGUCAGCCUUGAAAGUAGAAUCCACCAACCAGCUAUAUAAUAGUUACCUGGGGAGUUAACGCGUUCUGCAAAACAACUGCAACAGCAACAACUCCAGACACCAUGCAGCACAUGAGUGUGUCAUUUGCUCCUUUGUUGUUGUUGUUGUUGUUGUCGUUGUGAAAAGAAAGAAAUGUAUAUCUCCCUGUUGAUAGGCUCAACAAUGGGGCGGUGCAGAACCCCGCCAACAAGUUCGUUAGUACGGCAAUGACAUAACUAAUGUGGCUUGUGCACGCUGUGGCUAUGCAGCGUAUUUCCUCUGAUGAAUGACAGAUUGGAUUAUACUGUGCUGUAUACGUUGGGGACAGGCAGAUCCUGGGGGACAUCAUGGGCUACGGGCUGUUGUUAGUGGUGUUUGCAAUAUGGUGCGGCUGAACAGAGAAAUAUACAGUACAUAUCAGAUGUUACUAUCCCAUCCCCACGUGGUGAUACCCCGUUCAAGGACUGUCUGUUCGAAGAAUCUUGUUUGUAGAUAUAAAGUUAUAUGAUUAUUAUUUACGGUAAAACACGUAUUAUCAAUGUCACGCUUGGGCUCUCGCCGGAAUAUCCUCCCAGCCCAGCCAGUCUUCUUUUUAUAUAUUUAACACGCUCUGUCUCUCCCUCCUUUGCCCCAUUCCCUGCUUUUCUCCCUCUAUUCCUCUCCCCCAUCCAUAUACCAUUCUGUAAACCUCGCGCUCUCCAUUUCCUCUCGUUUCUAGGACUGACUUUCGACUCUCCCAGACUUCAACAUGGGUCUCGCUUCAAAGAUGGCUGCGGCCCAACAGGCUGGAGGUGCUCCCCCGCGGUCAGGAUAUCCAGGUGUUCCUCCGCCCGCUGGAGGUGCGCCUAGACCGGGUCAACCAGGCGCAUAUGUAAGUACUGCCCAUGAACAUAGCAAAUUAUCAUAUCAUAUCAUAUCAUAUGCUGUGGCGAAGUGGAAGCUUCUGACUGAUGUCAUGGGCUGGCUGUGUACGAGAGUUUCUGACGCUGACUGACUGGCCAUAUUCCGUUGCAGCCUGGACAGACCCAGCAAUACCAGGCGUAUCCGGGCCCGACACCAACUCCACCUCCCGCGGUAAGCAAAUCACAGUUCUCUACCAGUCGCCAACACCCACCCCGCGCUAGUUUUCCUGUUGCUUUGAUAAGUUAAAAAAGAAGAAAACGAAAAAUAAAAUCCUGCCCAAUAUUGUUUUGCUUCCUCUCAACUACAUCAUCGUCAUCUCGUGUUGUUGUUCUUCAUCUGCUUCCCAUCUUUGUCCUUUUCUGUCUACUGUUGCCCAUCGGCCUUCCUUUCAACAAAUAAAUCUCACCUGGAAACGAGCCGCUUUUUGAAUUCUCCCGUUCUUUGCUUCCCCGUUACCAUGCAUCGUCCGUUUAGCCAACAACAGUAUCCUGGACAGCCCUACACGAACCCGCCGCAACAACCCCCUUACCCCACGUCGUCUCAACCACCACCACCACCGCCACAACAACAAUACCAACAUCAAUAUGGACGACCAGGGAUAACUUCGACUCCUUCUCCAGCUCCAGGCUACCAGGGAUCUCCUCACCCUGCUUCCCCAUCGCCAUAUCAGAACCCUCAACAACCCCACCAACCUAGUAUAUCACCAAUACCACCUCAUUCGCCAUACCAACAGCCAUAUCAACAGCCUACCUAUGGACAGCAGCAACAACAGCAGCCUUAUGGAGUGCCUCCGCAACAAACCCCUUAUGGCCAAUCCUACAACCAGCAGUAUCCUCAACAACAGCAGCAACCCUACCCACAGAGCCAAGCCCCAUACGGACAGCGACCAGGGCAAUAUCCUCCCCAGGCGGCGCCAGGUUAUCCCCCUCAGGGGCAUCCUCCCCAGGGAGCUCCACAAUAUGGCGCCCCGCCUCCCCAAGCUGGACCCCAUGUGAUUGCCGCCUAUAAGCAAAUCCUCAUGAGUACUAUUCAGGAAAAGAAUCUUCAUGCAAUGUACCCACCCAAUUCGCCUGUCCUCGAUCAAAUUGCUUCUCGAGUUACCACGCAGAUUGAUCAGCUCUGCGCCACAUGGCGUGUCCCGCGUGAAGUGGGGCAGGAUAUCCUCAAACUCGCCCUGUUCGAUGUCAUUCUCUUUAUCGAUGACAGCGGCUCCAUGCAGUUUGAAGAAGGGGGCGAGCGCAUCAAGGAUCUCAAAUUGAUCCUCAGCCGCGUCACCUAUGCCGCAACGCUAUUUGACGACGACGGCAUCCAGAUUCGCUUCAUGAACUCUGACUUACAGGGAGAUAACAUCCGCAAUGAACAGCAGAUCGAACACCUCAUCAGUACCAUUAAGUUCUCCGGCCUGACUCCAAUGGGAUCCAGCUUGAGGGCUAAGGUCUUGGAGCCGUUGGUGAUCGCGCCCGCCAAAGCUGGUCAGCUGAAGAAACCCGUCUUGGUCAUUACCAUCACCGAUGGACAGCCUGCUGGAGAAAGGCAUGGCGCCGUAUCCGAUGCUAUUCGAUUCGCGAGCUCCGAACUGAGAGCACUCCCGCAGUAUGGACCUGGCGCUAUUUCCUUCCAGUUUGCGCAGGUUGGGAAUGACUUGAAAGCGCGCGAAUUCCUAAGCAAACUCGACGAGGAGCCUGGUAUUGGUGAACUCAUUGACUGCACAUCCAACUUUGAAGUCGAGCAAGAUGAAAUGUCCCGCGCCAACCCUCCAGUUGACCUAACCCCAGAACUAUGGCUCACAAAAAUGAUCCUCGGCGCCAUCGACUCCUCCUACGACACCAAAGACGAGAAAUCCAAUCGCCCCUCCGCCGGUGGCCACCCCCCCAUGCCCCCACAAUCCCAAUACGGCGCACCCCCAGGCCAAUACGGCACUCCGCCCCCACAGGGCCAACAACCGCCCUACGGCGGAUACCCAGGAGCCGGAGGCGCCCCGCCGCCCCCGCAACAGGGCGGAUAUGGCGGCUACGGACAGCAGCAGCAGCCGCCACCACAGCAGGGAGGGUAUGGCCAACAGCCACCGCCGCAGCAGGGGGGUUAUGGUCAGCAGCCGCCGCAGCAUGGAGGGUACGGGCAGGGUGGGUAUCCGCCGCAGGGGGGUUAUGGCGGUGGAGGUGCGCCGCCGCGGUAUUAGGGGCAAGGAGGUGAAAGGGGGGUAGUUAGUUAGCUUGCGUGUUUCCCUUCAAAUUUCUAUAAGAGAUUGAUGAAAAUGGGCUCUUGCCUUGAGUUGUUUGUGUGUUUGUGCCUUUUGGGCCAUGUUAUGAUGGGUCUCUUCUCAUGAUAUGUUUCUUUUCUUUUUUUUUUUUUUUUUUUUUUUUUUU